AACCCAUGAUUGAUGAGAUAAUGAGGGAGUCCCACUUCAGUCUCUGCUCAAUGUGCUCAUCACAUCAUCUCUCUCACACGCACGCACGCGCAACCACAAACCAUAAACAAUUCAAUUCUAUAAACCCCUUUCCUUUCUACUUUCUAUAUAUAACUCCCCUUUUCUCAUUCUAUCUCAGCUCAGCAUCCCAUUCUUUUGUAAAACCACUUGUUUCUUUCUCUCUCUCUAAAGAAGAGCCGAUUUUCCUCUGCUUUUGCGAGAUCGAGAUUCUUGGAACUCAGAUUCAGAAAAUGAUGGUUCAAAGAGAUCAAGAUUUGGGGUUGAGUUUGAGCCUGAGUUACCCUGCAGAAAACAGGGCAACUUCACUGCACCUCAAUCUCAUGCCUUCUUCAUCUUCUCCCUCUCCUUUCACCAUCAUCAACAACAACUCCUCUUGGACUCAAGCCUUCUCCUCUUCAGAUCGGAGGGGUGAGGCAUGCAGAGAGGAAACGAGAUCAUUUUUGAAGGGAAUCGACGUCAACUGCCUGCCGGAGACGGCGCAGGAGGAGGAGGGCGGCGUCUCGUCCCCGAACAGCACCAUCUCCAGCAUCAGCGGCAAGCGCAGCGAGCGCGAAGCCACCGACGACGGCGAGAGGGCUUCCUCCCGCGGCGGCAUCAGCGACGAAGAGGACGCCGAGAACGCCAGGAAGAAGCUCCGCCUCUCCAAGGAUCAAUCCGCCAUUCUCGAGGAAAGCUUCAAAGAGCACAACACACUCAAUCCAAAGCAAAAAAUGGCUUUGGCAAAGAGAUUGGGGCUGAGGCCUAGGCAGGUUGAAGUCUGGUUCCAAAACAGGAGAGCAAGGACAAAAUUAAAGCAAACAGAGGUAGACUGUGAGUUUCUAAAGAGAUGUUGCGAGAAUUUGACAGAGGAAAACAGAAGGCUGCAAAAGGAGGUUCAAGAGCUGCGUGCGCUUAAGCUAUCUCCGCAGCUCUACAUGCAAAUGACACCUCCAACAACGCUCACUAUGUGCCCUUCUUGUGAGAGAGUGGCGCUGCCGUCCGCCGCCUCCGUCGAUCCACGCCCGCUGCCGAUGGGCUCCGCCCAGCCGCGGCCUAUUCCUUUCAACCCGUGGCCUGCUGCCCCACGCUGCAGGCCUUUCAAUGCUCUGCAUUCUAGAUCAUGAUUUCUUUAUAAGGAUCUCUAUUUUUUUUUGGGGAGUUUAGUAGAUUGGUAUUUUUAAUCAGUUCUGAUUUUUUAUUUUCUUUGAGAUUAUUUAUCUCUUGAUGUAAAUUGGUGUCGGACGAUCAAAUUUUAGUUGAAUAGUUGAGAAUUGUGCUUAUGACAUAA